AUGGCGCAUGAGUUACAUCGUGAUAAUAUAGAAGAGGUUGUAACAGAAACAUUGCAUAAGGCCAGUAAAACAGUUAAAGAUGUAGAUGCUAUAGCGGUUACAACAAAACCGGGUCUCCUAGGAAGUCUUCAAGUUGGAGUAAAAUAUGCAAAACAUCUAGCAAAAUUAAAUAACAAACCUUUAAUACCUAUACAUCACAUGGAGGCUCAUGCUUUAAUUGCCCGAAUGCAUCAGAAACUGACUUUUCCUUUUCUUGUUCUUCUAAUAUCUGGGGGGCAUUGCUUAUUAACUCUGGUAAAAGAUGUUGAAGAUUUUUAUUUAUUAGGCAAAGGUUUAGAUAAUGCACCAGGUGAAGUUUUUGAUAAAGUUGCCAGAAGAAUGAAACUAAAAAAUAUGUCUGAAUACUCUAAAAUAUGUGGUGGUAAGGCUGUGGAGUUAGCAGCAUUACAGGCGACUAAUCCGGAAGUUUUUGAAUUCCCUUUGCCUUUAUUAAAAUAUAGAGAUUGUAAUUUUAGUUUCAGUGGCCUUAAGGAUUCCUUAGUAAGAAAAUUGAUAAAAAAGGAAACAGAACAUCAAAUAGCAGGUUGUGGUGUGGCUUGUAAUGAUUUUAUAUUUAAAUCAAUUGAAUUGUUAGCAGAAAACACAGGAUACAAAGCAUUUAGACCACCACCAAGAUUGUGUACUGACAAUGGAGUCAUGAUUGCCUGGAAUGGCUUAGAAAAAUUACAAAAUCACUAUGCACCUAAGACAGACAUAUCAUUAAAAGAAAUAGAUCCGACAGCUCCUCUAGGUAAAUGCUUAAUAGAUGAAGUUAAAAAGGCUCAUAUAAAAAUUAAAAGAAUAAGAUUAAAUAGUGUGUGA